AUGUCUCAAUCUAACCUUGGCUCCGGCAUCGCAGUUGCCGCCUUUGUUGCGGUGACGUAUGAUUGGUCACUCACAUUUGGACAAGAGGUCGAACUCAUCUGGAGGCAACACUGGUCCCUGAUGACAGUUCUGUACCUCAGCGCGCGCUAUCUUGGAAUCUUAUAUGCUGCCAUGGGUAUCCUGUUCAUCAUCAUCACUCGGUUGCAUGCCAUGCAUCAAUCCAGAAAGAUCCUGAUAUUUCUCGUUGUCACUUUCCUGGCAAUCAACACGUUUGACGGAGUGGCAGUCUUAAUGUCAACAAUGCAUACUUCAGGAGAGGAACGCAUUCUCUCCGGCACCUACCAGUGCACGAUUGACUAUGCAGGAGAUGACCUAGUUCUGAAUUCUGCUACUUGGAUACUCUCCAUUGUGUGGGAGGCCCUCACACUAUGUCUCGCAGUUUGGAUUGCGGUGAAACACUUCCGUGAACUGCGAUUACAUGCGGCAGGAGGGAUUAUCGGGGACUGUUUUACGGUGUUGAUGAAAACUCACGUGGUUUACUUUGCGAGCUUUGUUACUGUCUCGUGUUUCGCCCUCAUCAUUGAAUUAUCUCCAACGAGCCAAUAUUUCCUAGAAGAUGAGACUUUGUAUGGCUUGUUUCAGAUCUCGGAGGUUGUGCAGAUGUUCGUGCUAGGACCACGGCUGAUCCUUGGCAUUCGAGAAUAUCAUGCCAAACUCGUGGCUGACUCCGAUGCAGCAACCGGCAUGACCUCAAUCGCUUUCCAAGAGCGCGUGCAAAUAUCGACUGGCAGUAGUGUGUAA